AUGGCGAAAUCUGUCCUUGCGGUGAAUGCCGGAUCUUCGUCCGUGAAGAUAACGUUCUAUACGUUUGAGAACCCACCCAGAGCUAUCGCCGAUGCGCAGAUCUCUGGUAUCACGGCACCCCCGCCCACUCUCAAAUAUCAGCACGGCUCUGUCAAACACAAGGAGGAACUGCAGGAGAAGCUCAGCACGCCUCAGGAUUCCUUUAAGUACCUGCUGAAGCGUUGCUUCAACGAUCCCGAGCUAUCCGAAAUCGCCAGCGAGAGCGAUCUAGCAUAUAUCUGCCACCGAGUCGUCCACGGCGGCGACUAUCGCGACUCGGUAGAGAUCACUGAUGAGUCUCUUCAUCAUCUAGAGGCAUUGGAAGAUCUUGCGCCGCUACACAACUUUUCAGCUCUGGAAAUCAUCCGCCUCUGCCGAAAAGAACUCCCAAGCGUAUCCAGCGUCACCUUUUUUGACUCCGCUUUUCAUCACACGCUGCCCGACUAUGUGCGAACAUACCCCAUCGACCAGGGCGUCGCAAAAGCAAAUGGGCUACGCAAGUACGGAUUCCACGGGAUCAGCUACUCGUUCAUUCUCCGCUCCGUAGCGCAAUUUCUGCGAAAACCACAGGAAAAGACGAAUUUGAUCGUGAUGCACAUCGGAAGCGGAGCCUCCAUCUGCGCGAUCAAAGAGGGGAAAUCGAUCGAUACCUCGAUGGGUCUUACUCCCCUCGCAGGAUUGCCGGGCGCGACGCGUAGCGGCGAUAUUGACCCCUCGCUGGUCUUUCACUAUACCAAUGACGCGGGGAAGUUGAGCCCCGCUAGUACCAAGGAGAUGCAUAUCAGCACGGCAGAAGAUAUUCUCAACAAGAAAUCCGGCUGGAAAUCAUUGACGGGGACGACUGAUUUUGCAGAGAUUGCAGUUGAGAAUCCGCCUUCGGAGGCGCACAAGCUUGCUUUUGAUAUCCUCGUUGAUCGCAUUUUGGGGUACAUUGGAAAUUACUACGUCAAGCUUGGCGGGGAGGUCGAUGCUCUAGUUUUCGCUGGUGGCAUCGGCGAAAAGAGUGCGCUGCUGCGCCGCACACUAUCUGAGAAAUGCAAGACUCUUGGUGUGGCAAUCGACCCGCAAGCCAACGACAAGGGGCCUCAAGAUGACGAGACCGUGAUGGAUAUCUCCAAGGGCGCCGGCAAGGGGCCCCGGGCGCUGAUCUGCCAGACUAAUGAACAGUUCGAGAUGGCUUACCACUGCAUCCGCGCGCGAUCGUAA